AGAGGGAACACCCAGGAAAGGGUUUUCAAGGGAGGAUUCUGAAAAGUUUUAUAACAUGGAUCACACAAACAUAGUUCAAGUUGGGCCUUCUAACAAUGAUGAAACUACAAACAUGGCAAUCAAUCACGUUUCUAAGGAGUCCACAUAUCCUUGGAAAGAAGAGAUAGAAUGUAUGGUUCAUGGUGGGGUGCCUAUGGGUCUUAGAGGAGAGCUAUGGCAAGCUUUUGUUGGUGUGCGAUUACGGAAAGUGGAUGGAUAUUAUGAGAGGCUUUUAGUUUCAAAAGCUAGUUGCUAUGAUAAGGGACUUGCAGAUAGUAAAGGUCUGUCAAUAAAAGUUCAAAUUGAGAAAUGGAAAGGGCAGAUUGAGAAGGAUUUGCCUAGAACAUUUCCAGGGCAUCCUGCCCUAAAUGAGGAUGGAAGAAAUGCGUUGAGGCGAAUUCUUACUGCAUAUGCUCGUCAUAAUCCAUCAGUUGGCUAUUGUCAGGCUAUGAAUUUCUUUGCUGGCUUGUUACUCUUGCUGAUGCCCGAGGAAAAUGCAUUCUGGACUUUGGUGGGCAUUAUGGAUGAUUAUUUUGAAGGAUACUACUCCGAGGAAAUGAUUGAAUCUCAGGUGGAUCAGCUUGUUUUAGAGGAUAUAAUUCGUGAAAGAUUCCCAAAACUUGUUAAUCAUUUAGACUCCCUGGGGGUACAAGUGGCAUGGGUGACUGGACCUUGGUUCCUUUCAAUUUUUUUAAAUGUGAUUCCCUGGGAAAGUGCUCUUCGUGUUUGGGAUGUGCUUCUUUUUGAUGGAAAUCGUGUGAUGUUGUUCCAUACGGCUCUUGCAUUACUGGAGUUAUAUGGUUCUUCAUUGGUGACUACAAAGGAUGCAGGAGACGCAAUAAUGUUACUUCAGUCACUUGCUGGUUCAACUUUUGACAGCAGUCAGCUUGUUCUGACAGCUUGUAUAGGUUUUCAGUCGGUUAAUGAAGUAAAAUUGCAGGAGCUUAGGGAGAAAUAUAGGCCUGAAGUUGUUGAUGCUAUGAAAGAGCGGUCAAGUGGUCUCAAAGAUUCUAAAUGUUUAGCUUCUCAGCUAUAUAGCUUUAAAUAUGAUCUUGGUUCCCUGCCUAUAGAAGGACUAUGCAACCAACAUAUAGUUGGGAAUGAACCAAAGCUAGAAGAAUUAAGUAGGGGUGAUGCCGAGUUAGAUCUCAAGGAGCAGGUAAAGUGGCUGAAGGCUGAGGUGUUCAGGUUAUUGAAGGAAAAAAGAUGCGCAUCUCUCAGAGCAGAGGAGCUGGAAGCAGCUUUAAUGGAGAUGGUUAAGCAAGACAAUAGGCGUAUUUUGAGUGCAAAGGUUGAAUACUUGGAGAAAGAGGUGUCUGAGCUGCAUCAGGUUCUUAGUGACAAGCAGGAACGGGAGCGUGUCAUGAUUCAGGUCUUGAUGAGGAUGGAACAAGAACAGAAGGUUGCCGAAGAUGCACGGAUAUCUGCUGAGCAAGGUGCCGCAGCUCAAAAAUACGCGGCUCAUGUUUUACAGGAAAAAUAUGAAGAAGCCAUGAACGAACUUGCACAAAUGGAGAAACGUGCUGUAAUGGCUGAAACGUUGUUGGAUGCUACAGUUCAGUACCAGUGUGGUCAAGUGAAAGCCCAGCAACAAAAAGCUCAAUCUCCAGGCACGCCGACUUGUGAAGAUCCACCUGUCAGAAGUGGCAGGCUUUCUAGACCAUUUGGACUUGGUUGGCUUGACAAGAAUAAGGCAAACCGUUGACUCUUGUUGAAAGAGGAAUUCUAGGAUAUCAUCAUUGAAGCACGGACACCCACACGAAAUAGGAAAUACAUAUAUAAUUGUAAAGUUUGGGCAGGACAUGCACAAUAUUUUGUUGGUUAAUUUAUAUGCAUACCGCACAAUUCUAUUGUAUCUAAAAUCCUAAUGUCCAGAGUUUGAUAUUUACACUUUUAUAACAUCUCUGCGUCACAAGCCUAUGCAUGAAUAGGUGCAUUUCAUUUUUAAAAGAUAGUGAGUGGUAUUUUUAAUGU